AUGGCUGAAAUCUUCGACCCCAGCGCUCCAGGUGUCAACAGGCAGAUGCUGAUUGAUUGGAUGCAUAUUAAUCAUCCCAUGACACCAUUGAGACCAAGAAUUGGCAUGGACAAACUUGUGGACAAGGUGCGAAGGGCGCAGCCUCAGUUUUUCCCGAAUCUCACUAGUCAUGUGGCUGCUCCGGUGACACUUGGUACUGCGAACGAACCCAUGGCUGACACAUCAAGACCCAAAAUCAGUGCUCAAUUACACAUCAGCAACACAAAGCCGACUACCAUCUCUACAAUCGAAACUGCCCAGUAUCAUCACCCCAAAAUACAAACCCUUCAUGAGACCCUGAUCAAGGACUCGAAACCUGUCCCUUCAUUGCCGUCUUUUGUUCGAAAGCGUGCUGUGGCUUUCGACACCGGAAGUGAAGAUGGAGCUAGUGUAAAGCAAGUCAAAACUGGAGGUAUCACGCGUGCGCAAGAGCAGUGCUACACAUUCCAAAAAAAACCUUCUGAGAUAGACAAAGGUCCAUCUCACUCGACUCAAAGUGAAAUAAGCAGAACUGAAGCCGUCAAGCUUGAGGAAUCCAAAGAUACGUCCAUCACGGUGCCAAAUCUAGAACCUUCGAUGUCAAGCACUGUUUCAAGUGGCCCCAUGAAAAUCAAACAUAAAAUCCGUAUCCCGGCUAAGCCUGAACUCACUAGGACCAAUGAGGUCAUGGACCUAAUCGACUUUUCGGACACGGAUAUUUUGGACACCGGAAAUUUAGUGAUAGGUAAAGAUAUUUCACCAAUAUCUUUUGACACAUCAACGAAAACUGCAACUGCAGUCAAAAACACUACAAAGUCUGGAGUUGAAGUCUUUUUAGAAGAAAGAAGCCGUGAAGAACGUAAUGGCAGAGAAGAUUGA